AAUAGUAGGAGGUAGCGUCACAGACUCACAGGUGAGGCAUUUUCAGAACCGUAGAUGAUGAUGACACCUUCGUCUUCCUCCUCUCAAUUCUCCCCUUAACUAAUUUCCGUCAUCAUAUCAUCCGACGGUUCAUUUCCGUCCACGUACUCUCCGUCUUCCCUUCCCCGAUACGCUAUGAAGUUAGGAGGGAAUUCGAGCUAGAGGAGCGUAAAAUUCGUUUUGGAUGACCACAUUUUCGCACCAGCGUAGUUCAUUUUAAGUGGUUGAGUUAACUUCCUUAUAUUUUCUGAUUUGAUUGCGAUUCGUGACUCGUGGGUUAUUCGCUACAUUCUUCGCAUCAUGCCAGUUGUUCAAAAACUGUAUGAUGCUUGUAAAGAAUCUUUCACGACCACUGGUCCGGUAACUGAAGAGGCUCUUGAAAAAGUUCGAGGAAUUUUAGAUCAAAUGAGGCCUUCUAAUGUGGGUCUCGAACAAGAGGCACAAUUAUCCCGUCAAUGGAGAGCGACUAUUAAUGGUACCAAUGGAAAAAAAGGGCGUAAUGGAAGUCUUCAAUAUCCUCCUACGAUCAAAUAUUUGCACUUGCAUGAGUGUGACAGAUUCUCUAUAGGGAUCUUCUGUAUGCCACCUUCAUCCAUCAUACCACUCCAUAAUCAUCCUGGGAUGACUGUGUUGAGCAAGCUUCUUUAUGGUUCAUUACUUGUAAAGUCUUAUGAUUGGCUUGAUUUCCCUGGAUUCGAUGAUCCAGCUCAAGCAAGACCCGCAAAACUUGUUAGAGAUUGCGAAAUGAAUGCACCUUGUGGUACAACAAUUUUAUAUCCCACUAGCGGUGGCAACAUUCAUUGUUUCAAAGCUUUAACACCAUGUGCGCUCUUUGAUGUUCUUUCACCCCCAUAUUCCUCGGAAGAUGGGAGACACUGCUCGUAUUUUAGAAGAGUUCCUGGACUAGUUCUACCAGGUGCUGCUGAAUUGUGCGGCGUAGAACCCUCUCAAGUGACAUGGUUUGAAGAAACUCAGCCUCCAGAAAACUUUGUGGUGCAGAGAGGAGUGUAUAGAGGACCUAAUAUUAGGCGAUAGAAGUUUUUCCUUUUUUGCCCCCCUUCCUCCUUUGGAUAGGAUGUAAAAUACCAUUAAUCAGAUUAGAUGAACACAAGGAUAACCCUGGAAUUGAUUGUUGAAAAAUUAGCUGUCAACUGAUAAUUCUAGUAAUAAUCAGUCAUUGGCUUUGUAA